AUGACACGCGUUUUAAAGAAAUUUAUAAUUUCUGAGGACGAAGAGGAGGAUGAAACAAUUCCUCCAGUUCAAAAUCAAGCAGUUUCAAAACCUAUAGAGGUUUUUGAUUCUUAUCCAACGACUUUGCUCAGCACUGAUGCGUCAGCCUCAGAUUUCGCUAAACUUUUUUCAGACGAAGAUAUUUCUUCUUUAUCCAAAUCUAAACGCGCUUCUAAGCGAGUUAUUAUUUCUGAUACUGAAGAUGAAGAGACUUCCUCCACCUUAGCGAAUGAUACUGCACAAUCCAGGAAGCAUGUCAAACAUGACUAUGAACAGAGAAAAAAUUUCAAACAAAUUGUACUUUCUCCAAAAGCUACGCGUAAAAGUUCACGAAUAUCGAAAGGCCGGAGUAAAUUCAAUGAGAAUUUAAGAAAGCUGAUGGAGAAUAAAAGACAGUCGAAAUUAUCUUUCAAGCCAGUCGGUACUAAUAAUAAAGAAGAAGAGCAUAAAGAGAAGGAAGGAGAAGAAAAUGGUGUAAUAGGUAUGAUAGAUAUAAAUCUAGAAUCAAAUGAAGUUUUAUCGCAAUAUGAAUCUGGUGAAGAGUGGAAAGAAGAAAAAUCGCAAGAAGUUGAGCAUAAAAAAACAAUAUCUUCAUCUAAUCAUGAAGAAGAAGAAUUUGAUCUUGACAAGUCAGGUAUUAUUAACAACACUUCAAUAACAUCAAUUAGAAUUGAACUCGAGGACAACCAUGACGAGAAAAAUAUUGAUAACGAUACUGAAGAGGAGGAAACAGAAUUCGAACAAAAUUGCGAGGAGUCAGAUGAUGGAUUGAAUGAUUUUAUUGUGACAGAAGAAGACACAGUAGAUGUCGAUUUACCAGAGGGAUUUACAUCUUCUGGCACUCAAAGUCUCGAAUAUCAUUUUAAAGUCUUUAUCCAAUAUUUAAUUUAUCUUGCGACUAUAGAGAAUUAUAGUGACGUGGAAGAAACCGAAUAUUUUCGAUCAUCGAUAAAGAUGAUUGAUCGCAAAAUUCGUGACCAUAGCGACGUUCUUGUUGCAAGUUCCGUAUGGAACACGAGAUUCAAGAAAUGUCUAGAUUAUUAUCCAAGUUAUAAGCUUUCAUUCAUUUACCAAUUUUAUUGUGAUGCUUGUAGCAGCAACAGACCGGCGAAUUACAUGAUUACGCUAAAAGGAUUACCUUAUGACAAAAGGACACUUCAGCCUCUUGAUGAACUCGAUUCGGAUUUAUUGUCUGAUGACGAUGACGGUCAAAAAUCACGUCGAGGCAUUCAUCGAUUUAAUUUGGGAAAAUUUUGUCAAAUUCGCGCGAAAAUUUAUCAUAACUUGCAGCACUUGAAAUUCCAUUUUUUCAAUAAAGUCAAAGAACAAGUUAACAAAAUUAUAAAGGAACGCAGUGAACCGAUCGAUCCUAACGAUAUCACGGCUACCUUUGAUGAAGAUGGGAUUACCGAUAGUCUUUUCAGGCGAUUUGAAAAUAUUUUUGAUGAGGCAGAGAAAAUUUAUUUAAAUCCGAAUUCUGUUGAGCAUGAUUUAAAUAAUUGUAUAUAA